UCUUGCUAUUUUUUCGCGUGUUGUAGUUUUUUCUGGCAAUAAAGUUGUACGCAUAUUAAGGCCAGGCCGGUGGAGCCGUAGGGGCGUAGUGUUGCAAAUCUGACUUUUGUCUCUUGGAAAUAAAUAUUUUAAACCUUCACCUUGUUCACCGGUAGAUUUUCUUCUCUUUGGUCGCACGGUAGUUACCGUGACAGCAAAGAAGGACAUCACACACGGCUCUGCCCCCCUUGUUGCGGAAGACUCGGGCCCCUAAGGCAGCAGCAGCAGCAGAAUCGGGGAACCAUCGGACCAACCACAUGAUAUUGUUCACCUCAUCGGAAGUUGUGUCGCCAAGGAUGUUGUUGAUGGGUUACCUUACACCGAGCGCUCUGCUCAUGACUUGGUUUAUUCUUAUGGUAUCCGGGUAGAAUCUUUAGGUCUUACCAUGCGUUUUUGUGCACACUCUCUCUGAUCAGUGCGGUUUCCUGUUCUUCUCCCCCGAUUCAUCUUCCCACGGCCCGGUUCCUUCGCCAGCGUCGAAAAGGGUUUAGAAGGGUUGUAAGGGUUUUUGGAUUUAGGGUUCUAUUUUGAUCUUAUGGUAUCCGGGUAGACCAGGGCCCCUGCUCAGACCAGGGCCCCUAGACCAGGGGCCCCUGGACCAGGGCCCCCAUGGACCAGGGCCCCUACGGACUGGGGCCCCUACGGACUGAACGCCGUCCCGGAAUCUGGUGCACGGCGAGCUGCGGCCGGAAGCGGAGCUGUCUACCAGCGUAUCAACUAGAAAUAAUCUGGGCCAACAAGUAUGCGUGUCAUGUAAGUCCUAGUAUCGGUCCAGGAAGUGGAAGUAUGCAUGUCACACGUAAUAGUAUGUGAUGCAGCCUGCUGACUACUCUCUCAGAGCAUCUCUUUCUAUAUUCCUCGACCCGCGUCACAAGUUCUCACUUGUGCAGACCCAGACCUAUUCAGACCCAACUUCUCCAGAUCCAUCCAGACUCCAGCACACCAGAUUCCGGGACACCAGAGUCCGAGACACCGUGAGGGCCCCAGUCCGUAGGGGCCCCAGUCCGUAGGGGCCCUGGUCCCAGGGGCCCUGGUCCUGGGGGCCCUGGUCCUGGGGGCCCUGGUCCUGGGGGCCCUGGUCCUGGGGGCCCUGGUCCCAGGGGCCCUGGUCUACACCUUUACCUAUUCUUAUUGUUGUUUUCGAUGCGUGCCAUGUAAUGUUUGGUGCAGGCGUUAACAAGAACUACAACUACUCCGGUGGUUUUGUUGCAGUGACAACUGGGACACGACUGCAAGUGCAGAGAACCCGGCUACAGCUGCGCUUUGGUUCGGCAAGCAGUAGCGGAAAUGGCGGUCGCGGGUUCGCAUCUUCUGGAAGUAGAAACGAAAACCAGUUGCGAGACGAGAGAAGGCAUGAUCUUGAUGCCGCUGCUCUUCUUCCGCACGAAGAACUCCAGGGAACAAGAGAUGAAAGACUUUUUGCGCAAGCAGAGCAGCAGGAGGUCCAUGACUUCAUACUGCCGGGAACAGCAGACGAACCAGAGGACCAGGAGGAUUCAUCUUCUUGGGGGUCAUCAUACUGCCGGCAGACUCCUGCUCCUGUUGCGGCAUCGGCAUCAUCUUCUUUUCUUUCCCCUGACGGAAGUAGAAGUACGCACUAAAGACUCUAGAGAAGUAGUAGAAGAUGCUGCUAUUGUUACACAGGCUCCCACAACUACUUUGCCCGCCGGGGGAGUCGGUGUAGUUGCAACUAGUAGUGCCAGCGCUACAGCACCGAGUACCUAUGUUUCUCACCCGAUUUCUACCAGUAAUCCGUUGUUGUACGACCACCAGUACCCCGCGGCUGCAACGACGCAGGAGCAGUUCCUGCCUCCCAUAUCCCAGUUGCAAACAGCAAGGUGGCAGCACGACUACGAGACUUGGCGGGCUUUUAGCUCCGACGAUGUGGGGUUGUUUUUCCCGGGAGAAGAUCGCUGCAGUGUCGGGCGGAGUAGUUCGCUGGAUGGAACAAUCGGUGCUGGCUCGUCGCAGGACGGCACCAGUACGAGCUCGAAGAACGUUCGCAGGUUCUGCGACCGCAUCUUUUUUGGAAGUGAGGACCCGUCGUCCCGUGAAGACGACAACCCAGAAGCGGCGGACGAGAAAGAAAUUGACACGCAGCUGCGACAACUCCAAACCGACGCUCGACCCCGUCGCGAGAAAUCAGAUUUUCUUCGGGAGGUUGCAAAUUGUCCCACACAUCGUGGUGCUCGUGCAGCUCCGCAGAAGAAGAAGAACAGCGCUCCACCUGCCGGUGCUGAAGUAGGAGCAGUAGAACCUGAGCAGACACGGUGGCGGUCGCAAGUUUAUUAUUUGCAAGAACUUGUGAACCGCCCGGGCCCGCCCAAUUAUGCGAAUUCAGGCCUCUCUAAAUCUAGUGGUAAUGCAUCAGCAGGAACCAUGCCUGAGCCUGGCAUGUUGUUGGGAAUGAAUUUUGACGCACAUCACACUACAGGCUGUGACCGUCCGGGCGAGGAAAUAAACGUGGCUGCGGCGGAGAGUGCAGCUGGUGAUGUCGCGCAGCGUGGCCGCCGGGGGCGGAGGAGAAGCGAGCCGGUAGUUCCUGGCAAGACGACUAGUGCUACGCACUUCUGUCCCGUCUGCUCGUCGGCUCUGCAGGUGGUGCACAAGCGUGACGCAGCAGCGCAAACGGGAGAGCUCUCCGGAGACGAGGAACAGAAGCAGGAGGUGGACCACCUCCUUCGCCACAAUUGCAACACCACUUCGCGGCCCUGCCCCGGUGAACCAGACAGAGCAGAAGCUGCUGAUGCCGCGCAAACUACUAUUUCAUCUCAUCUUCAGCAAGCAAAGCCAAAGCAGCAGGCCCGGGAAUCGUUCCGCACAGGCACAUCGAUCGCGGCGCUUCGUAAGAAUCCUGCGCGAGGAGAUGGAGCGAAAGCGAAUGGCAAAAGCUGUUCUUCGAGCAGUGGCACGGACUUUAGUGUUGACCCUAGCUCUAUCAAACGCAAAUAUGUAGUCUGGGUCUGGAAGAAUUCGAAUUUGUGAUGCAAAUUCUACAUCAUGACAAAAUCUGUCAGGCAUGGUCAGCAAAAGGCCCCGUUUCUUGGUACAGAAAGGGGGCAUUUGUCGUGCGGAUUAGGCGUUCCAUUGGGGUACCUGCUCGAAACCUGUGAUGCUAGGGCUUGCAUGCCAGAGAGACGAUCUGGGCUAGGCAAAAACUGCAUCAUAAAGGUCUGCGCUCUACUUCCAGACCCAGACAUAUUUGCACUUGAUACGCUCCGGCGGGAGCACCAGUGAGCGCGCGGCGCUGGCUUUUUUACAACAGGUGCGGCAGGGCGAAAACCACGUGCACCACGAAAGGCAGGAACAAGAUCGUGGAGUGGAGUCCUCUUCUUUCCAUUCAUUGCGCGAUAUUACGGACACAUUUUUCAGUGAACAGCAAGCGACCGGGUUUGCCGAUGUACAACGGCCAGAAGAUUCUGACCUGCUGCGGGUGCGGACCGACUCCGGCGCGGUGACCACCCUGGGACGGGUUGUACGAACCCCGCCUUCCAGCAGCAGCAGUGCCAGCCACCAUUCGAUGUGCGUGAACGUGCCGCAGAGUGUCAAAGCGAUGGGCCGCCUGAGUCAGAAGAUUAAUUUCGACCAUGUAGCUUUAGUUGCUGCUGGUGCCCCGCGCCGAUCUGAUUGCGGUGGUACGACGAAAGGCGCCCGCCCUACCGUCGAUGAGGAGGCCGGCGGCGGACCGUCGUCCCACUCGCAACCUGCUGCUGGUACUGCUGAGGGAUCACACUCUUCCUCGACCAACAGGAACAACAUGGUCCGGCGCAUACUGUAUUCCCCUGCGAGCAGUAGCAUCAAGCAAGCCUCGACAGCCGGCGCGGGACCGUCGAUAUUAUUACCCAGUUGUAGUACUGCAGGCGGUGCGGGUGCGGGUGCGGGCGCAACCAGCGCCGUCGGCUUUGUUGACCCUGGAUUAAUGCCGCCGGCUCCUGCAAGUGUUUCUGCUUCGUCCGGCCUCCACCAGCGCACUUCCGGCGCUGCCAUAUCUCUGCCGGCGCUGACGUCCGCGUUUCCGGGCCACUGUAGUACGUCGGUUGCGGAGUUAUGCAGUACCUCGUUGCUGGACACGACCCUGCUGGUAGACGGAGCUCCAGUGCCACGACAAACUACCGAUGCCUCCGUUGCCUCCUCAUCUGUUCCCAGUUUCUGCUCCGUGCAAGCCUACCUUUGCGCGGAUGAUUUGCUCCCUGCUCAGAGGGAUAGCGCAGCCCGAGCGAUCACCACGGCGUGUGCGAAUCGUAGGCUGUUUUGCAGCGAAGAGAGCGUCAGUUCCUGAUCGGACGAACCAGAAACAGAAGACUUUUUUAAAUUGAACUACUGCACCAUAGCAUGACAGCUUGUUCGUUAAUAUCUGCAGACGAUUGUGCUUGUUUAGCUCUUUUCGUGCGCUGUCGAUUAGCCGUUUCUUGAAGUAAAAAAGAUGAUGCGUAGGCUGAUACAUAAACAAAGAACGAGUACGAGAAGUUUCUUGAGAAGGACAUGUUGUCCCACCCAGUGAGGUGCAUUCGAGCAGUUUGAAAAUUUCGUUCCAGUGCAUUUUCUUGCCACUUUCGCCAGUACCUACAGGCUGAGGCUGUAUAUUUAGAUUUUGUACUUGAGAAGUCAAACCGAAGCCGGUUUUUCCACAAUUUACUGCUUGAAUUCGGUUAUAUUUAGCACUGCAAGAAGAAGAACCAGCACCACGAACAAACAAACUAAACUGACUAGGACUAGCAGGUCGAAAGAGAAAUGUAACAGCAACGUUGGACAGAUAAAAAUUAAAAUAUACUGAAUCCGUGAGCAUGGAGGAUGCUCGUGAUACCAUUCUAGUAAAAAAUAAACAAGAAUGAGCUCGCACAGCAUACAUUUGCAUUCAUUUGAUUGGAGGUUGUAUGAUCUAAAUCUAUUGGCUUGUUGUUGUUUCAAGAUAUCAUGUAUCAAUGUCUACAUAAGUAGAUGCAAUUUUUCAUUAUUUUUUGUAUGUUUUAGUUUUACUUUUUAGCGAGUAUGGUCUUUGAUGACUUGGAAACAGACGAAAGCAUACAAGUCCUGGUUCCGCGCAGCUAGGCAUAAGCGACGUCGCCCGUAAUUAGGCGGACAAAAAAAAAGUCCGGAACAGAGCUGUGGUCUUGGUAUAGUGAAUUUCAAUUUCUUUUCAGAGCAGGGAUGAAACUACUCUUACUAGCAUUGCGAGAAGUUCCGCAUCAACUACGAGACUGGCAGAGGAUCGAUUAAAGCAGGAGUUUGUGUAGGCUUUGCCUUUGCUGGCGAUCGUAAAAAACUAAAACGGGAUGGUGUCCACCUGGCCGCUGCUGUCCGUCGCAAUAAAUUUGGAGCACAUUGGUUGUUUCUGGCGAGCAUAAGGUAAAUUUUGCAGGCACAGAGUUGUACUUUUCUGCACGAUUGAAUUUUCCCAGUACGCAGCAGGGUUGAAGAUCUUUUCGCCUACUUUCUUUACCAUGCCUCUGAAGUUGUUACAUGUGUUUCUAUACUUCCUGUAGGGGACACCACGCGAUGUGUCGUCGUGGAGUCCAAUGUGGGGUCUUUCCCUUUUUCACGAGACGUUGAAACUCGUUUAUUUGAACAAGGAAUUCCGUUUCGAUAUAUUUUUAUUGCAGAUGAAACAAGCAUGAUGUCAUGAACUACGAAACGCAACUUCUUUUCUUCACAAGUUUCUUCUUUGCCUUGUGCGACUGCAAAACUGACAAUUUUAA